UUUCUUUUUGGUUUACAUCACUUCCGGUUGUACCGCUCUUCCGUUUGUCUCGCGCAUGUGUAGUUCUCUUUACGACUCGGGUGGCAAAGAUGGCGGAUACCCAGAACGAAAGGGCUUAUCAAAAGCAGCCCACCAUCUUCCAGAACAAAAAGCGAGUGCUGGUUGGGGAUGCGAGUACAAAAGAAAAGCUCCCACGAUACCACCGAAAUGUUGGCUUAGGCUUCAAAACUCCCAGAGAGGCUAUUGAAGGCACAUACAUUGAUAAAAAAUGCCCCUUUACUGGUAAUGUGUCCAUCAGAGGCCGUAUUCUGUCUGGAGUGGUGACCAAGAUGAAGAUGCAGAGGACAAUCGUCAUCAGGCGUGACUACCUGCACUACAUCCGCAAGUACAACCGCUUUGAGAAGAGGCACAAGAACAUGUCUGUCCAUCUCUCUCCCUGCUUCAGGGACGUGACUGUGGGGGACAUCGUCACUGUCGGAGAGUGCCGACCCCUCAGCAAGACCGUGAGGUUCAACGUGCUGAAGGUCACAAAAGCAGCAGGAGCCAAGAAACAAUUCCAGAAGUUUUAAAGCUGUUUGCUGAACAUUUCCUGGGUUCUGUCGUAUUGCCAUGACUUUUGGAAGUGAAAUUAAAUCUGUUCUUUA